AUGCACCGCAUCCUUCACCUGAGGGGCGCGAUUGAUGCUGUGUUGCCUAUAUACAUUCCGGAGGAGAUAUCGCGGCGUGCAUGGGACGUCCUAAUAAUGGCGUUGGUGGUCUGGACAGCGGUUACAGUUCCCCUGAGCGUCAGCUUUGGCAUGCCAAGCAGCUCGGAGUGGCAGGUGCUGGGAUAUGUCAUUACUGCACUCUUUGCGGUCGACCUGCUCGUCAACUUCCGUACGGCGUAUCACAACCACCAAGGCGAGCUAGUUCGCGAUUCGGCCACCCUUGCCGCUCACUACAUGAAGGCCUGGUUCUGGGUCGACCUGUUUGGCACCAUCCCCUUCGACACGAUUGUGCUGUGGACGGGGGCGCUGAAGAGCGCGCAUGGUGAAGCCAGCAGCGCCCAGCUGGCGGCACUGGGCUUCCUGAAGGCGCCGCGGCUGCUGCGGCUGGGCCGCCUGCUGCGUUUCUUGGACAGCUUCAAAAAUGCCAAAGUCUUUCGCAUCAUACAGCUCUUUAUGGGGAUGCUUCUGAUAAGCCACUGGCUCGCGUGUGUCUGGUAC